AGGGGAGACUGGGUGGAAGGAAGGCUUAUAUAAAGUAUGAAAAAGAGAGUUAAGACAAGAGAGAGAAGGAGUUGUUGACAUGAGUGGCUGGGGGAAUUGUUCUGAACCUGAAGUGACCACCAUGGAAGCUUAAAAAGAGAAAGGGUGAAAUUGCGGGCGCUGUGUGUUUGUGUGUGUGUGUGUGUGCGGGACGAGACCAUGCUCGGGUGUGAGGGAGGGGCAGGGCUGCGGAGGUGGCUGACCCUGGUCACAGGGCUGCUGGAGUGCCUUUGUUUUGCUGGGGCCGUGUUCGGCUGGGCCUCCCUGGUGUUCGUCCUGAAGACAGAAGGCUACUUCAGCUACCUGUGUGUCAACAUCCCCGGGGUCAAUGGAAUGCAAUUCCUAGACUGCAGUGGUCAGGAUGAACAGUUCUCACUCAUCUUCACCAUCGCUUCCUUCAUGCUCAACUUUCUACUGCUGCCCAAUGGCUUCCUGUUCGACCGUUUCGGCACCAUGGCAGCCAGGCUGCUGGGAAUAUCACUGUACACCACUGGUGCCUUGUUCGUGGCCUUUUCAAGUUCAGCUCUGUCCUCUCUCCUCUUCCCGGCGCUGUCCUUCAUCGCUGUGGGAGGCCUCUUGUUACUGGUCACCAACAUGCAGAUAGGCAACCUGUUUGGUUCCACUCGCUCCACCGUCAUCACCCUUUACAAUGGUGCCUUCGACUCCUCCUCCGCCCUCUUCCUUAUCAUCAAGCUGCUGUUUGAGGUUGGGAUCUCUCUACGUGCCUCUUUCCUCUUCCUGGCUGCGUGUGGCGUCAUCCACCUGGUCAGGACCUUCCUCCUGCUACCCAGAACACACAUCCCCUACCUCCCCCCUGAAGGCUACACCUACGGGAUGAAGAGCUGUGGUCAGACCAACACCUUCAGCCCAGAGCAGGCAGCAGCCAACGGCAACAUGCAGAGGGAUGAUGUCACGGAGGAAAUGCCUUUUAACAAGGAGAGCACAGAGAAUGUGGCUACUUUCUGGGAGUGUUUCCUGUCCAAGUUUUUCAUCUGGCACCUGGUGUGGCUUUCCGUCAUGCAGCUGAGGCACUACCUGUUCAUCGGCACCCUCAACCCCAUGCUGCAAAGACUGACCCAGGGAGAACCCUCUCUGGUGAGCACGUACACCAAUGCGUUUGCUGUGACCCAGCUGUGUGGGGUGCUGUGUGCCCCCUGGAACGGCCUCAUCAUGGACCGACACAAGGGCAAGCCCAGGCCCCCCGGAGUGAGUGAGAAGGAGGCAGACCUGCGUGCGUCGGUGCUCUCCCUGACCCUAACGGCGCUGCAGUGUGUCCUGUUCUCCAUCUGUGCCUCCACCCCCUUCCUCCCACUCCAGUAUCUCACCUUCAUCCUGCAGGUCCUCAACCGAUCCUUCCUCUAUGGAGGCCAUGCAGCCUUCAUCACUAUUGCUUUUCCUCCCUGUCACUUUGGGAAGCUGUAUGGUAUGACCAUGGCUCUGUCUUCAGUGGUUUCGCUGCUACAGUACCCCUGCUUCAUCCUGGUCAAAGGAGCGCUGGGAGGAGACCCACUAUACGUGAACAUAGCUCUGACGUUACUCAGCCUGCUGGCCUUCAUCCAUCCUGUCUGUGUCUUUCUGCAUUGUCGUGGCCUGGCAGCCCGGAGGGGUAAACCCAAGGACUCACCUCCCUCUUAGACCAGCUCUAAAAAUACUUUCAAACGGUCCUUUCAGCCCUCACUCCUCUGUUAAAACACCAGUUUGUAUAUACACACUCCCCUAAAUAUUUAUUUGGAGAGUGAAGCUGAAACUUUUAUUUGUUUCUAUAAUCCAUUAUUUUGGAUUUUAGAUCAAAUGGUUUAUACUGUAUUAGGUGACAGCACAGAAUGUCGCCUUUUAUUCAAGGGUGUUUUCAUACAUACGGUGCCUUUGGAAAGUACUCAGACCCCUUGACUUUUUCGUCAUUUUGUUACAUUACAGCCUUAUUCUAAAAUGGAUUAAAUCAAAUAAAAUCCUCAUUAAUCUACACACAAUACCCAAUAAUGACAAAGUGAAAACAGGUUUUUAGAAUUUUUUGGCAAAUUUACUACAAAAAAAACCAACAUACCUUAUUUACAUAAGUAUUCAGCCCCUUUGCGAUGAGACUCGAAAUUGAGCUCAGGUGCAUCCUGUUUCCAUUGAUCAUCCUUGAGAUGUUUCUACAACUUGAUUGGAGUCCACCUGUGGUAAAUUCAAUUGAUUGGACAUGAUUUGGAAAUGCACACACCUGUCUAUAUAAGGUCCCACAGUUGACAGUGCAAAAACCAAGCCAUAAGGACAAAGGAAUUGUCCGUAGAGCUCCGAGACAGGAUUGUGUCGAGGCACAGAUCUGGGGAAGGGUACCAAAAAAAUGUCUGCAGAAUUGAAGGUCCCCAAGAACACAGUAGCCUCCAUCAUUCUUAAAUGGAAGAUAUUUGGAACCACCAAGACUCUUCUAAGAGCUGGCCGCCCGGCCAAACUGAGCAAUCGGGGGAGAAGGGCCUUGGACAGGGAGGUGACCAAGAACCUGAUGGCCACUCUAACAGAGCUCUAGAGUUCCUCAGUGGAGAUGCGAGAACCUUCCAGAAGGACAACCAUCUCUGCAGCACUCCACCAAUCAGGCCUUUAUGGUAGAGUGGCCAGAUGGAAGCCACUCCUCAGUAAAAGGCACAUGACAGCCCGCUUAUUUCAGUUUUUAAUUUUUAUUAAAUUAGCAAAAGAAAUAAAAUUAACAUUUGCUUUGUCAUUGUGGAGUAUUGUGUGUAGAUUGAUGAGGGGGAAAAAAACGAUUUAAUACAUUUUAGAAUAAGGCUGUAACGUAAAAAAAAUUGUAAAAAGUCAAGGGGUCUGAAUACUUUCCGAAGGUUUAGAAAUGAAUGCACUUUAUGUAUAUAGACCCCCCCCCACCAUUUUAAAGUGUUAUAAGUAGAACACCUACUUUAGCACACCUACUCAUUCAAGGGUUUUUCUUCAUUUUUACUAUUUUCUACAUUGUAGAAUAAUAGUGAAGACAUCAAAACUUUGAAAUAACACAUAUGGAUUCAUGAAGUUACCAUAAAAGCUUGAAACAAGUCAAAAUAUAUUUUAUAUUUGAGAUUCUUCAAAGUAUCCACCCUUUGCCUUGAUGACAGUUUUGCACACUCAAAUUGUAUGACCAAUUUAUGCAGAAAUCCAGGUAAUUCCAAAGGGUUCACAUACUUUUUCUUGCCACUGUAUAUAUAUAUUCUUAUACCACUCCUUUACUUAGAUUUGUGUGUAUUAGGUAUUUGUUGUGGAAUUGUUAGAUUACUUGUUAGAUAUUGCUGCAGUCAGAACUAGAAGCACGAGCAUUUCGCUACACUUGCAAAAACAUCUGCUAACCAUGCGUAUGUGACCAAUAAAAUAUGAUUUGAUUUGCCUCUUAAA